AUGCAUAUACAACCGCAACAGGGCCACCGCAAGCGACUGUCCUUUGAUCUUUCCGUGCUGCUUCAAGUUCCCCUAAUUAUAAAAGAAUUUUGGAAAAUCCUGCAAAUCAUAAAGAGCAGCAUCACAAAGAACUCGUUAAUCUUCCAAGGCCAACGAAACAACGCCCACGUCGAGCAACAAUCCUGA